CUCGGCAGAGCCAAUACCAUCACCAGAAGCGGCUUUGGACGUCACCGACUUGCUCGCCGAUUCUGCUCCCACAAUGGAUGCUCCUCCCAUGCAGCCAUCGCCAGUGUCAUCCCCGUUGAAACCCGCAUCUUCUGUUGACUCUGACGUCGAAUCUUCAACAAAUGGGUCGGAGCCUGUCCUCAUUUCUGCUGAGGACGCUAUUGAGGAACCACCUGUUGAAGAGGAAGAGGAAGACUCAGAGCCCGAAACGACAGUCCGUCUUGUCGGAGGAGGUGCCGCAGAGAUUGUCGAAGAAUCCGAUCCGGCUGUGGAAACGAAGGAGGAUGAGGACGAAGUUAAUGAAGCCAGUGAAAAGGCUGAGGUCGCGUCCAUCGCCUCCGUCCAGUCAGCGUCUUCACGGUCGUCGAAGAGGAACAGUCAACAAGAGAAGAGGAAGAGCAUCUCAGCAGGUUUGAAGAAACUCGGACACUUGGGUGGGGGCAAGCGGAAAAAGGACUCUGUCAGUAGUGUGAAGGAGACAGCGUAAGAGGAGAGCGCGACGCGGGCAUUGUGCAGAGCUUCCGCGCUGUUCUUGUGAUCACUGGACCAUAUUUUUGCUUUACAUUCCAUUGCCAUAUAUACGCAUACUACACUGCAGGUCAACGAUUAAUUUUGCCUCUGUCGCAUGAGUUCUUGUUUCGGGCUCAGUCGCCAUUCGUUCAUCGUUCCCCUCUUUACUGUUCGAUCUUCAUGUACGAUGCAUUUUUUCCCGAUACCCGCAA